ACAGAAUGUAAUCCCAUUUUCCAAGUAUAAAUCUCCAAGCACCAAGGUCACACAUUCUAAAACUUGGAAAUGGCCGAGCAAGAGCAGGCAAAGCCCUUAGCCCCGGCUGCCUUCCAAACUCGCAGCGACGAUGAAGAACGCUUGUCUAUGCAAUUGAAGUCGAAAAAGAGAACAUAUAUCCAGUGUUGUGGCUGCAUCACGGCGCUUUUAUUAAUUCAAGCCGUGGUAAUUUUAGUCCUGUUUUUCACAGUAUUCCGGAUACAGGACCCGAGGAUCUGGUUGAAUUCUGUAACAUUCAUCCAGCGUCCGGAGUUUUUACCAAACGGAAGUCUCAGGGCUGAUGUGAACGUGACACUUCUAGUUGAUUUUUCAGUGAAGAACCCCAAUGUGGCAACCUUCAAAUUCAAUAACAGCACCACGUCGAUUUACUACCGUGGGAGGGUGGUUGGCGAGGGCACCCAUCUCCAAGGGAAGGCCAAGGCGAGGCGUACACUGCGAAGGAAUGUGACAGUGGAAAUUGUUCCUGAGAAAAUCCUGGCUGUUCCAAACUUCCUGAGCGAUCUCAUUUCCGGGGCAUUGAACAUAAGCAGUUACACCAGAAUUUCAGGCCGGGUUAAGAUUUUGAAAAUUAUUAAGAAAAACAUUGUGGUGAAAUUCAAUUGUUCCAUGACUUAUAGACUUUCCGGUGUAGACUUUCAUGGACAGAUGUGCAGGCCAGAACUUGAUUUCUAGAGUCAUUUUUUCCUAUGAUGAUUGUUGAAUUUAUGUUAGAUAUUUAGAGCGCCUCAAUCCUAAUUGUUGUAUUUCUAUAAUAUUUUUUUCUCCUAUGAAAUUACCUAUAAAGACAAAGGAGUAAUUUAAAAAA